AUGUCUUCAAAUCCAACUCCUGCAGGCCAGCCGCAUGGCUACGAUCACAACGGGGAAAUGGAUGUACCUAUGGAGGAUGCUGAUCCUUACAACCGGACAAAAUACCCUCCUCGCCCUGCCCAUCAACACCGUCUUUCGACGCAGUAUCUCCCUGAGGCUUCGUCGGCUGCACAGCGCUAUUCUCCCAUGAACGCUCAGCCCACCGGAUCCUCCUAUGCUUCGAGUCCUCAGACGCAGAAUCCUGCCAGCUUCACCUACCUUAAUCAACCGCAGUCUUCACGCCAGUCACCGACUCGGCAGAGCAGUUAUCAAGCAGAUCGCUAUGGUGAACCCCCAACGCCCACAAGAUAUCCGUCGAAUUAUGGCGCAGGAUUACAGAAUGCCGAGUUGAGUCCCGAGUCUUACUAUCCACCAAACACUGGAAAUGGGCGACCAGCCCCAAUGUCCCGACAACCUUCCCAGAUGCAGGGACUGGGCCCGGUUCCUAGAUUUAAAAAGGUCAAAACCAUGCAAGAACUGAAUCCAAGGGUGAACGCUCAACCUCUCCACCGGAGAGCGAAUCCUGAAGGCGGUUUCAUCAGCCCUUUACAAUCAUUGACUUCCUUUCUACCCGCUACAUAUAGGAUUUGUAAUCCCAACUUCAAGUACGAGUCAUCCAGGAACCCCAGGCGGGUCCUCACCAAGCCCAGUAAAGGGACAAAGAAUGAUGGCUACGAUAACGACGAUAGCGACUAUAUCCUCUAUGUCAACGAUAUUUUAGGAAGUGAAGAAGCUGGCCACAAGAACCGCUAUCUCAUCCUUGACGUCUUGGGCCAAGGCACUUUUGGUCAGGUUGUCAAGUGCCAAAAUCUGCGCACCCAAGAAGUGGUGGCGGUCAAGGUGAUCAAAAACAGAACUGCAUACUUCAACCAAAGCAUGAUGGAAGUCUCCGUCCUGGAUCUGUUGAACCAGAAACUUGACAAGAACGAUGACCAUCAUCUUCUCAGGCUGAAGGACACCUUUAUUCAUCGUCAGCAUCUUUGUCUCGUCUUCGAGCUUCUCAGCGUCAAUCUGUACGAGCUGAUCAAACAGAACCAAUUCCGAGGUCUCAGUACUACUUUGGUUCGUGUUUUUGCUCAGCAAUUGCUGAAUGGCUUGACUUUAUUGAACAAAGCACGACUGAUCCAUUGCGAUCUCAAACCUGAAAACAUUCUUCUUAAAAAUCUGGAAAGCCCCAUUAUCAAGAUCAUUGAUUUCGGAUCUGCCUGCGAUGAAAGGCAAACCGUGUACACCUACAUUCAAUCGCGCUUCUAUCGGUCCCCAGAGGUUUUGUUGGGAUUGCCUUAUUCAUCCGCAAUCGACAUGUGGUCGCUUGGUUGCAUUGUCGUGGAACUCUUUCUGGGGCUGCCCCUCUUUCCAGGUUCUUCGGAGUACAAUCAGGUUUCACGUAUUGUUGAAAUGCUAGGAAUGCCACCGGUGUGGAUGUUGGAAAUGGGAAAGCAGUCUGGCGAGUUUUUCGAGAAAAUCACUGAUGAGUUUGGUCGACGAACGUAUCGGCUGAAAAGCAUGGAGCAAUACGCACGUGAACAUAAUGUGAAGGAACAGCCUAGCAAAAAAUACUUCCAAGCUACAACACUUCCAGAAAUCAUUCGCAGUUAUUCUAUGCCUCGAAAGAAUAUGAAACCAGCAGAAGUCGAGAGAGAGAUGAACAAUCGGGUUGCUUUUAUUGACUUCGUGCGCGGGCUGCUCAUGAUCAAUCCCUUGGAACGAUGGUCCCCUCAACAAGCGAAGCUGCAUCCUUUCAUUACGCAGCAAAAGUUCACGCAACCGUUCGUCCCACCAAUGAAUCUCAAGUCACCGUCGUCAAGCAAGACUCCUGCACCCGGCGUACAGCAGCAACAACAGGCAGAGGCUCUCAGCAAGCAGCGGGCUGCACAAGCCGCCCAUGCACAAGCUCAGGCUGCUCAGGCUCAAGCCCAAGUCCAAGCUCAAAAUGUUGCUGCUCAGAAUGCUUAUGCAAUGCAAAUGAGUCCAUACCCGCAGGGGCAAGCCCCACCGAUGUACAACACUAUGUAUCCCGCGCACCAGCAAGGAGCUCCUCCGCCAUAUCCGACCCACUCAAACAACUACGCGCCACCUAUGGGCAUGAUGGGCCAACAAAACCCCCAGAUCAAUCCCACCCACUACACCCAUCAGCAAAGUCUAUAUGCACAAGCAACUCAAAGAGCGGGCCGGCAACGUGCUUCCACGAUGGAUCAACAACAAGCCGGGAUACCCGCUGCGAUACAGCGUGUCGCGAGUCAUCUUGACCCUAAUGCCCCAAUCAGGCUUCAACCCAGCCCUGCAUAUUAUCCUCCACCUGCGGACGGGUAUGUCGACUCCCCGUCCACGUCAAGGCGACGUGGUAGCCGCAACCAAAGGAAUCGUGAUUUCAUUCGGACACUAGAGGAUGGUGCUAUGGGAGAUUCGUUCAUGACCAAAACACAGUGGCAUUGA